UUGCAUGAGAAAGGCUCCUAUUUUGUAUUCUGGACCAAAACACCCAAAUCAAUAAUACUAAAAGAUUAAACGUGCAGGAAUGAAGAGUUCUGAUGUGAAAGUGGACAAAAAACUGUUUAGAUGUAGUCACUCACAAAUACUUUGUUUAUUCUCACCUUCAGGUCUAUGUGGAUGUUUCUGGGCUACACCAGUAUCAUGUGGUCAUGUCACUGCCCCCUCCCCCCGCCUCUUUUUUUAAAACUGCCUGACACCCAAAUGUAGCCCCUUCCUCACUGACUCAUAUGGCGGUUAAGUGAAUCUGAUUGCUCUUUUGGAGCUAAACUCAUUGUGCUUUGAUGUGCCAGACUGGAAGAGCCAAAAUAAGCAAUGGACAGGAAGCAUCACCUGGAUCGAGCAGAGACGUUCUCCUUCGUCAACCCCUGGAUUCGAUAUUUUCUCUUCUUUUUCAGCUUCUUAUUUUGGGUUUUCUCCUUGUUGAUAGUUGCAAUCGGUGUUUAUGCUAAAGUCCAGAAAGCCACAGACACUGUGCGGGACACGUUCCUGAUCGACCCGGCUGUCAUCCUAAUUGUAGUGGGUGUGGUCAUGUUCUUCAUCACUUUCUGUGGCUGUAUUGGAGCCCUCAGAGAAAACAUUCACCUCCUCAAAACAUUCUCUUUAACUCUGACACUGGUCUUCCUCACCCAGCUGGUCAUAGCAAUACUGGGCUUCUUUUACUCAGACCAGACCCGUGACACUUUGGGAAGGUUCGUGAAGAAAGGAAUUGUGCACUACAGGGAAGACCUGGAUCUGCAAAACUUGAUGGAUUACAUUCAGAAAGAGUUCCAGUGUUGCGGUUGGAACAACUACACGGACUGGUCAUGGAACUUGUACUUUAACUGCACUAAGGAAAACCCCAGCUCAGAACGCUGCGCUGUUCCUUUCUCUUGCUGCACUCCCGUUCCUGGAGAGGCAGUAAUCAACACUAUGUGUGGCUUUGGGGUUCAAACCUUGGACCGGCUGGAGGUAAACAAGUCAAUCUACCCAGUGGGCUGUGCAGACAGAGCCGUGUUGUGGAUCGAGUCCCAUCUGUUCCUGGUGGGAGCCCUCGCACUGGGUUUGGCCUUGCCUCAGAUUGCAGGCAUUGUGCUGUCCCAGAUCCUGAUCUCUCAGAUCCAAGAAGAGAUUACCUCCGUGUCGUGAGCACAAGCAAAGACUAAGUAAGGAAAAGAAGAAUGCAAGGGGAGUAAAAAGGAAAUUGCAGUGCCCUGUCCGACUCAAAAUGCACUCACAAGGAGUUUUUCUUCCUGUUGUAUUUUGUUGAUCUUCUUAAUGGGAGUAAACUCAGCUGAUAAGCGGGAGCCAUUUUAAAAACAUUGAUGGCACUGAACCUCCAAUGUCGUAAUUUGGUUUUUAUAUACCUUUUUUUGUUGUACAAAUCUACACUAUUGUUCAGUCCACACAUGUGGAUGGUAUUUAUUUAUUUGACUGACCAAUCUAAUGUUGAAAAUAGCUCUCACUCUAUGAGAUGCAAUGCCAAUGGUUAAACAAACAUGGUGUUUGGAGCCUACUGAAAACUGCUCAUUUUGGAGGUAAAAAGAUUCUGCCCGCCAGCGAUAUUCAAAAAAUAAAAGUGA